AUGUCUAGACAAUUUCUUCUCCUUGCUAUUGCAUUCUUGCUCAUUUUGACUUUUGCUUUCGCUCAAGAAAAUCAAGAUUCUAAUAACAAACCAAGACCACCAAUGCCUUCUGGUGGUAAGCCACCAAGACCUGAUGAACAAUCUGGUUCUGAUUCUAAUAAGAAUAUGCCUCCAAACCAUCAAAACAAACCACCAAAGAAACAACAAGAUGGAAAGCAACAAGGUCAACAACAAGGAAAUAAGCAUCCUGAAUCAGCUCAAGACCAAAAUAAUGAUAACAACAAUCGUGAUGGAGAAUCAAAUCAACGUGGUCGUCGUCGUGGAUUCCCAUUCGAGAGUAAUAAAUCAAUAGAAAUGACCAAUUUUACAAAGAUUCAAUCCGAAGAAGAGUUUCGUAGUUUGAUCGCUAAAAAUCCAUCAGUUGUAGUUUACUUUUCAUCACCUUAUUGUGGUGUUUGCAGAGACUAUGAUGCUAAUUAUGAGGGAUUGGCCUCUGAAAAACCAAAGGUUAAUUUUGCUAAGGUGGAUAUUAAUAAUUUUAGUGGCAUUGCUGAUGAAUAUGGAGCCAAGUGUCUUCCGACCUUUCUCUUUAUUUCCCAAGGAGAAGUUGUUCAAAAGUUGGAUGGUCUUUGUGAAUCCAUUGUAUCAAGAAAUGCUGACAUGUUAGCAAAGCAACUUGAACCACCAUUUUACGAAAAUGGAAUCCUUCAUAUUGUUAAGGAAAAAGAUUUUGAUGAUACAAUCAAAUCUAAAACCAAAGUUGUAGUUGAUUUCUAUGCUGAUUGGUGUGGUUUAGCUGCCAAACAUACAGAUGUCACCUUUAUGAAAGUCAAUGUGGAUGAACAUAGAAAGAUCAUGUCUAAAUGUGAUGUUCAUGCAAUGCCAACAUUUGUCUUUUUCUACAAUGGAAAAAUGAAGGAAACUGUAAUUGGUGGAUCUUCUUAUGAAAUGGAGGAAUGCUUAUUACACUUUGAUUCUCCAUCUGAGGAAUAUUUGAAGAAGGACAUGUUGGCUGGAUCGAGUGAUGAAUUUGUUACCUAUGUCAAGAGUGAGGAGGAAUAUAAUCACGUACUCAAGGAUAAUUCUCUAGUUGUUGCAGAUUAUUAUGGAGAUAAUUGUGGAGCUUGUGUUGCUUGUGCAACUCCAUACAGCAAAUUAGCUUUCAGUAAUCAAAAAGUUAAAUUUAUCAAAGUAGAUACAUCAAAACUCUACUCUAUCACUUCUAAGGAACGUAUUAGCUGCUUACCAACGUUCAAGCUCUUCCACCAUGGAAAGGAAUCAAAGCGUCUUGAAGGAUUUAGCCAAAAGGAAUUGGAAACAGCAAUUAAGAAUUUAAUUGCAAAGGAAGGUAGCUCUUGUUCGUCAACUACUGCAACAACCAAGCCUACCACAACUGUAUCAAGUCAACCAACAGUCUCUAAAACAGUCACCAAAUCUGUCUCACCAACCAAAACAAGAACUACAACAACUCCAUCCUCAAGUUUGGGAGUAAAGAAACCAACAUCAGUCACUAGGUCACCAUCCUCUUCUCCAACUAAAAAGUCUUCGACAACAACUACAACAACCAAAGCAAGCUCACCAACAAAGAGAUCAACUGGUUCAACACCUUCCUCAGUUUUGGGUGUUAGAAAGACAACUACAGCUUCCAAGUCUCCUCUAAGAUCAAAUAAACCAGCUCAAUAAUUUCUUC